UCAUGUACCUGAAAAGUUUUCAGCUCUCUGCAGGGCUUCUUGGAGGUUCACGUUCUGUUGCAGAAGUUCUUCCUGCUCUUUGGAUUUCUCCUUCAGCUCCAAGGAAAGCCUCAUGUUACUGAACUAGACUCAAAUGAUCCCCUUGCCUUCAGCCUCCUGAGUAGAUGAAACCGCAGCUGUAAGUACUGUGGCUGGUUCUCAAGGGACAACAUCACAGUACUGCUUUGAGAGGGGAAUUCUGGACCACGAAGAUCCACAUGGCACUGAGCAUGGAUAGAAUACAGCAGAUGCACCCAGCAUGACGCUUCUGGACCAGGUGUUCAGUCUCAUGGCAGUCCGCACCCGAGUGGUGAUGACCUCUGUCCUGGUUUACUUCAUCCAGCUUUCUGGAGCCAGAUGUGAGGAGAAUUGUGUCAACGCUGAACAUUGUUUGUCCACUGACUGGGUGCAUCUCUGGUAUAUAUGGUUGCUGGUGGUAGUUGGUGAGUUGCUUCUCCUGUGCGGCCUGACUUCAGUAUGCUUCCGCUGCUGUCUAAGCCGUCCGGAAAAUGGGGAAGAUGGGGCCCCACCACCCUAUGAAGUGACCGUCAUUGCUUUUGACCAUGACAGCACUCUCCAGAGUACCAUCACAUCACUUCAGUCUGUGUUUGGCCCUGCAGCUCGGAGAAUACUGGCGGUGACUCAUGCACACAGCUCCCUGGGCCAGCUGCCCCCCUCCAUUGACACACUCCCAGGCUACGAGGAAGCUCUUGGCAUGAGCCGCUUCACAGUGGCAAGGUGCGGGCCGAAAGCUCCUGACCUACCCUCAGUGCCAGAGGAAAAGCAGCUGCCUCCCCCAGGGAAGGACUCUCCUCAGCUGGAACUCCCAUCACACUGAUGGGCACAUUGAUGGUAUUUCUAAUAUCUAAGACAUCCUGGAGUUGAGAAAGAUAUAUAGAAUGCCUUCUCUUGUACCACCCAGAAAGGUUUAGGAUAUCAUCUAGACAUUGUUCUGUUCACAAGAUAGGUUCCCACUCUUUAUUUACAAUAUACUUUUCUGAGACACAAUUUUCUAAUUGGAAUUCUAACUCCUUAUCCAAUGGUCAAAGUUUGCAUCUCACCUCUAGCUAUGUAGAUUACCACCAAAGCAGGGGAACAUUAAGGUAUCUGGAAAUCCUUCAACUAUGGCAUUCAUGUACAGUUCCUUCAACCAAAUAAUACUGCAAAUUGCUCUUCUCUCUGCUUGACUGCAGUAACGUUGAAGGGAAACACAAUGCAGGCACAGUCAUUGAUAUCAGUGUACCAAACACAUGCAUCUUUCCUUCAAGGGAAUGACCACCAUUAUACUGAACAACAAUGGCCACCUGGACUUUGUAGAUUGCAGGGCUGGGGGUGCUAAUAAGAGGAGAGAUUAUAGAAUAGCCUGUGCCACAUGUCAAAACCUUUCUAUCUCUUUGGUCCUAUACACAAGUGUGACAUAUGGGUAUAGAGAACAGAAAUGGUCCUAGAAACUCUUCAGAGCCUUGUCCUGCAAACAUAUGCAUGCACACAUGCAGAGAGAGAGAGAGAGAGAGAGAGAGAGAGAGAGAGAGAGAGAGAGAGAGAGAGACUUGCACUUCCUUUUAGACUAAGAAAAAAAGCAUUGCUUUGCUUUUUCCUGUUUUAAGAUUUAAGUUUAGAGUGACUCCUAAUGGGCCUUGCUGCCAUCUAGUGGAGCUGUAGCCCAGAAUGCAUUUCCUCCAUUGAGUUCCUCUGCACCUCUCCAGUGCUCCAAAUACUUAAAUGCUACCCUAAGCCUAGAACCUUCCACAGUACCACCUUGAUGAGUGAGUAGUGCCAGGCAAUGUUGGCCAAAUACUACCUUCUAAAAUACUGUCAUCACAAUCAGAAAAGUGAAAUGUACCCUGGAAAAAACUACCUGGGAAAGUUACUGAAAUCUUGGAAGAUGGAUUUUUCUCAUCUCUAAAUUAGACAACAUUGUACACAACCAAGAACACAAAUACCCAAGGCAUGAUUUGUAGAGUAUGUGUGUGUUAGUUACUUCUUACUAUUCUUUCUGUUGUCAUUUGCUCUUCAGCAGCCUGCGGUGACUCCAUUGAGUUUUACAUUCUGGUUUGUCCUUUUGCUUGUCUGCUAUGUUAUUGUAAAGUCAUACCUAAAGUGAUUUUGUUUUAUCAAUAAACAUGCCUUGAUUGAGAUAAA